AGGGAGGCCUGCCUUAUUCUUCUCUUGCUGGCCUCUCUUCACCAGUCACCAGUCACCACCAAAACCUCUUUAUAUAUAAACCAAACUCUCUCUUCCCCCUCCUCACAUUCUCUGCUUCUCUCUCUCUCUCUUUCAAUUGGGUUCUGCUCAAUUUUCUCUGUUUUUUUUUCCUCAUUUAAAAAAAAAAAAAAUGGCACUUUGCUUUGGUUAUUCAAAAGCCAUUUUCAGAGUUUUGUUAGUCUCUGCAUUUGUCUUCUUUGCCAUUCUAUCUCCAUCUGCUGCUGCUACUACAAAGCCCUCAGCUUCUGCUCCUUCCCCUGCCUCCACCCCUGCUCAUGCCCCUGGCCCUUCCAGUGAUGGGACUUCCAUAGACCAAGGGAUUGCAUAUGUGCUGAUGCUAGUGGCUUUGGUGCUUACAUACCUCAUUCAUCCUCUGGACGCAUCAUCUUCCUACACUUUCUUUUGAAUGUUGGGAUUCUUUUUUA